AUUUUUAUUUAACAUAUGUUCUCUAGAUUUGAGAAGAAGACAAAGAAUUUGCAGAUAGCAGAACGAAAUGCAAUGAUACAUGAAAAAUGCUCCAGUGAUUUGCAAUCGUGGGCGAAGUGCAAGACACUUACGGAGAAACAAAGUGAUCGAUCGAAAGCAUUGCUCGAUGCUUUGAAACACCAGGGGAAGGAGCAAAUCGAUUUUACAAACGUUGUCAUAUCACGUGUCUUGUGCAUAUCGUGGACAAGACCUAUAGAGGGAAGUAUAUUUCUGCCGCAAAUGGCAGCAUACAUGCAAACACAGGGAAGAAUGAAUUGUAGCGAUAUUAUUCAUCAGGCAUUGCAGGAGGUUUUGUGCAUGUUUUCGAGAGGGGAGGAUCCUUUGAUAGACGUGUCAUCUGGCUGUGAAGACAGUCCGAAUAGUCAAGCAAGUCCUUUGUUAAGUGGUGAUCUUGUGGAUUCUUCAUCUUGUCAAAGACCAUUGAUACCAAUACGAGGCGACAACUCAUCAGAACCAAAAAGUUUUACUUAUUUAUUAGAUUGUUAUUCAAGAAUUGCAAUUGAAGAAAGAAAUUAUGAAAAGCAAUCCAGUGUACUUCUCUCCGAUACUCUUUCCGAUGUAGUGACAAUUUUGAAAGCGCAAUGUGUUCAGUAUUCCUGCUCCGUUUUACAAGGGUCAAUCGGCAUUUGCCAAGCUGAUGUACAUAAGUGCCUCAUUCAUCUUUUCUAUCGGAUAUUAUCGCAGAAAUUACCUCGGGGCUAUCUUCGCGAGCUCGUGGCUAGGACACACACGAAUUCGAACAUGUUCGAUAAAAUUUUCGCUCCAAUCUUGCGAAACCUGUAUAUCGUGAUACAGCAGGCGACCUUAUACAGCAACACGCCAAGAAGACCGUUGGAGGCGCUAGGCGAACUGAUAGAGAUUCGCUGUGGACCAAACAGCAAUAUACAUCCGAUUUGCCGUUUGAUAACGAAUCAAAUUCAAUUCUUGCCUGAUGUUAUGAUAUCAGCAGCCGGAAGAGAGCUCUCGAGAACUUCACUCCUGGGACCGUUUCUCUCGGCAUUGCUAUCUGCCGAAAUGCAACCGAAAAUGCUGGAGGGAUUCUGCAAUAAAAAUCCUAUCACGAACAAAUCGACGAUUCUCAUACAUCAGCAAGUGUUGGAGAAGAUCAGAAUGUCGUUGCACAAGAUGUUUGAUACGAUACUCACAAAUAGCAGCUGCCGCGAUGCCACUCUUGCGUACUUGGCGGCGUUGCUACGUCACAACAAGAAACGCGCGCAAAUACAGACGGAGGACAGUCCCUCCUUUGCCGCAGAUGGAUUUAUGUUGAAUCUACUAUCGAUUUUGCAAAUGCUCUCUGUGAACAUCAAGCUGGAUACUGUAGACCCGCUAUAUCCAUUUCACCCUUCCAAUUCCGUCGAGAUAAAGAACGACACAAGACUGAAACUCACUUCGCAAGAGGUUGCGGAAUGGCAGAAACAUUUGGACAGCACACAUAAAUGGACGGAACCGAAGUUUCCGACACAAUGUUGGUUCCUCACGCUGCAUUGUCAUCACAUCGCGCUGUUACCGGCGUUGCAAAACUAUCGGAGAAAAUUGUAUGCCUCAAAGGAUUUACAAGAAAUGCUCGACGAAUUGCAAACCACAGAACCCCAAUGGAAAGAUGGUCCUUUAGUGGAGUACAAUAGAGACUUGAUCAAACAAUGGAAGCAACAGUUGAAGCAACUGGUUACAUUCAAAUUAUGUGCAGAGGUAGCUCUGAUAGAGCCCAUCUUUUUGAGAAGAUGCUUAGGCUUUUAUAUAUCGGUCGCCGAAUUUUUGCUGANUCUUUUAACGCAGACUGCUCCGAAUAAUACUCUUUCCGAAUUUUCGUUAUCUCAAGAAGUUAUGUGCAAAUUUACCUCAUUACCAGAAUGGUACGUGGAAGACAUAGUGGAAUUCUUGUUAUUCACAUUCAAGUAA